CCAUUAGUUCCGUACGUGCGGUCGUCGUCGUAACAGUCCCUCUCGUUCAAUUAACUUAGAUUAGAACUUCAGCUUUUUUGUUCCGUGUCUUCCCUCCCGAAUGUUCUCUUCUACGACGUUCAGCUGAUAGUGGAUAACGUCAGCGAAGCUUGAUUUGUUUAGUGUGCACAUUGCAUUGCAAGGUGGAUUGAUAGCCUGAAUCCGCGCUGAGCUGAUAAGCCGGCCGCGGGCUGGGUUCGAUUCUGAGCUGAUUCCCGCGAUCGUUGGUCAGUUGAGUCGCAGUAGCCUGGGAAGAAGCAUCCACCAUCGACAAGCUAGCCAGGUUAGCUGAUAAAGAACGCGGCCUACUUCGUGACUCCAUCGAGAAAUUAAAAAAGAAAAGUGCCUUUUGUAUGUUAUAUAAGUGAGAGUGUAACACACAGUGUGUGCCUUUGUACGUAUUCGUAUAACAAUAGUAAAAGUGUGAAACAAUAAAAAAAAAUCUAGUGACUCGUUGUGCAUAGGGUAAAGAUGACAACACAAAGUGAUUUAUGUUUGUGUUCUAUGCUGCUUUGAAGUCAACGCUACACCAAUAAAAAAGGUGGAAUACAUUAAGAAGGAAAAUACCGCGGGUUUGAACUUCAAAAACAUCAACAAAUUGCACACGCGUGUGUCGCGUGGAACCGGUUUUCGGCGCGCACUUUGGAACGCCUUGAACAGGGGUCGCGAGAUUUAAUGAUCAGCCGCAGCCGGACCGGAGCAGCAGCAAAUUGUUGAGUCUCUGUACAUGCAUGUAGUUCAGCGAACGCCAACGACUUAAUCAAGAAAGAUGUCGCAUGAAUCUGAGGAGGAAAAGGUGUCGCACGAAUCUGUGGGGAAAAAUAUUCGCAACCGGCAAACACAAAGCGUUACGAGGGCUGAGGAGACCCCCACCAAGGAAACCAAACAGCAAAGCUUACAACCGGACCAACCGACACAACAAAUCAACAAACCAAAAAGCGGUCGAAAAAGCAGGAAAAAAUCAAAGAUGUCGCCCGAAUCUAAGGAGAAGAUUCGCAAUCAGCGGACACCUAGUGUUACGAAGGCCGAGGAGAUCACAACCGAUGAGAUCAGGCAGCCAACAUUACAACCGGACCAACCAAACCAACCAACCAAAGAGCACAGCCCAAAGACCAUGACAGAAACAAAGAUGUCGCACGAAUCUGAGGAGAAAAAGAUUCGCUACCGGCGGACACAAAGCGUUACGAGGGCCGAGGAGAUCACCACCAAGACGACCAAACAGCGAAAGUUACAGCCGGACAAACCAUGCCACCAACCGCGGGAUUCGCUGUUCUCGUGGAGUUCGGGCUUUGGCAACUUUACCGGCCUGGUCAAUUGGGGCUUUCUGCUGCUCACGAUGGGAGGCUUUCGGCUGGUGCUCGAAAAUCUUAUCAAGUACGUAGCAAGUUUGAUGCCUCCGGGCUAUGUGCAGGUAGUGAUGGUUUUGUUCGAUCUCGUCAGGUAUGGAAUUCGCGUUGAUCCCGUCCAGUGGUUCGUGGUUCUGACGGGGAAGGGCGAGGGCGAGGGCUACCCGUCGUUGGCGCUGGUGUUGUAUUCGGUGAUCCCGGUCGUGCUCUGCCUGGUGGUCGAAAAGUGCCUGGCCAAAGACACGCAUUUGCUGUUUGGAAUGAGCACCACGACUCUGGAGAAUGUCGGCAUGGUCGUGCACGUGAUCAACAUCAUUGUGGUCGUUCUGAUCCCGAUGGUGUUCAUUCACGUCAGAGGGCAUACCUUUAGUCUCGUGGGUGCCAUGGCGGUGUGCUUCCUGUACUGUAUCCUGUUCCUGAAGCUGUGGAGCUACGUGCAGGUCAACAUGUGGUGCCGCGCCAACCUCAAGCAGCGUGGCCCUCGGAAGCUGCGUCGGCAGAGCGUUUCCAUCGGGGUGAUACAAAACGAACGCGAACACAACGGCUCCAACGGGACCAACGGAACCGCUAACGGCUUCCGUCCAAACUCAGACUCCAAAGACAAAGCCAUCCCCGAUCUGGUCCUCUACCCGAACAACCUGCACCUGAAGGAUCUGCUCUACUUCCUGCUGGCUCCAACGCUCUGCUACGAACUCAACUUCCCGCGGACUUCCCGCAUCCGAAAGCGCUUCCUCAUCAAACGCCUCCUCGAGGUCGUCAUCGGAUGGCACAUCGUGAUGGGUCUGUUCCAGCAGUGGAUGAUCCCGUCGGUGCGCAACUCGCUAAUUCCGUUCUCCAACAUGGACCUGACCAAGACAAGCGAACGCCUCCUCAAGCUGGCCAUCCCGAACCACCUGAUGUGGUUGUGCUUCUUCUACCUGACCUUCCACUCGUUCCUGAACCUGAUGGGCGAAGUGCUGCACUUUGCCGACCGCAAGUUCUACAACGACUGGUGGAACGCCAACAACAUUGACAUCUUCUGGCGCAACUGGAACAUGCCCGUGCACAACUGGUGCGUCCGACACCUCUACCUUCCGAUGCUCGACCUUGGCUGCCCAAAGCAGGCGGCCACCGUUACGGUCUUCUUCUUCAGUGCCUUCUUCCACGAGUACCUCGUGUCGGUCCCGCUCAAGACCUUCAAGAUCUGGGCCUUUAUGGGCAUGAUGGCGCAGAUUCCGCUCUCGUUCGUGUCCAAGUUUAUGGAACGGAACUACGGCCCACGGCUCGGCAAUACCGUCGUGUGGGCCUCGAUCAUCCUGGGGCAACCGCUGGCGAUCAUGAUGUACUACCACGACUACAUGAUUACGCACUACAACGACGAGCUGCUGCUAAAUGGAGCUACUUAGACGACGACGAAGACGAUCAACAUCACGAAACAACGAAUCAGGGUGCAAACAUAUUCGUUUCCAUUGUUCUGUUCUCUAGUUUUUUGUGUGCAGAAUAUCUACAGUGACGCCAUACAUCACAACACACACACACUAACAAAAUCACAUUCACGUGUUAUGCAUGCAUUUUUU